GGUAGCAGGCAGCUGCAGGAGAAAUCCCUGAAAAUUUCCUCUACGCUGUAUGUUGGCAACCUCUCCUUCUACACCACCGAGGAGCAGAUUCAGGAGCUCUUCUCCAAGUGCGGAGACGUCAAGAGGAUCGUCAUGGGGUUGGACAAGAUCAAGAAAACCCCCUGUGGCUUCUGCUUUGUCGAAUACUACACAAGAGCAGACGCUGAACACGCAAUGCGAUUUAUCAAUGGCACACGACUAGAUGACCGCAUCAUUCGAACUGACUGGGAUGCAGGGUUUAAGGAGGGACGACAGUAUGGAAGGGGAAAGACUGGAGGACAGGUGCGAGAUGAGUACCGGACAGACUACGAUGUGGGAAGAGGUGGCUUUGGCAAGAUCAUUCAGAUGCAGAAGGCAAAUCAUCAGCCUGCAAUCUAUUAAUUUCCUUGUGGAUCUUAGCUCAUAGAGGACUUUGUCUUUCCAGAGCUAGCUAGCCCUUUUCUUACAUUCUGGACUGGGGUACGGAGUGACGUCCAAGUUGCAGCAAAAGGUGACCCUCCUUAGACUGUGAAUAUACAUGUAUUCAUUCCCCCUUCUUUCCGGGCUAGAGAGGAUGUUCUGUGCUGAUACAGGGCAAGAAGGGAAAAUUAAAUGGACAGCUCUGCAGGAUUGUGGGUAAGAAUAAAUGCAGCACGUCACACACACCUUGUGCUAUGACAUACUCUUCAUGUUGCAGCUAAGCAGGUGGCUUCCUCCAACCUGCAGCUGCAGCCAUGGUUGCUUUCAAGUGGAACUUCCUAAAAGCUUACCACCAUUGGCGCCCUCCAGGUGCCUGGGCACCUUGUGGUGAUGCACAGGAGAUUCAGUUUUCUAAUGUGCAACCUCAUCUGCUUACAAAGCAGUAUCACUGUUUGGAUGAGAAGUGGAACAAGGUCGUCUUGCCCACUUGGAAGUGGUUGUCCAGCCCUUGGGUUGGUCAGGGCCUGCAGAGCAUUUCUCUUCAUGAUGCCCCCAGUGCUGCCUGGCUUUUCAGAUCCUUACUGCUUGGCAUGAUUUUGUUAAAAGUUUCAUCUAAUUUUUUAAAUAAACACUUGUAUUGGGUCUG